AUGGCUGCUCAAAAGACAGAAUUUACCAAGAUCAUUUACGCAAAGCCUGAAAUUGCAUUCGAAGAACACUUUGCACAUAACCUUUUGACGGAUUAUCUUGAGAAAAAGAGAUUUAAAGUAACAAGAAAAUCAUACGGAUUAAAUACUGCUUUUCGUGCGGAAUAUGAAAGCGAGGUUACUGGUGGACGGACUGUGUCUUUUAAUUCGGAGUACGACGCAUUGCCUGGGCUUGGACAUGGAUGUGGGCAUAAUUUGAUUGCGAUUUCUGGUGUCGCUGCUGCUUAUGGUGUAAUGAAUGCACCUAAAGCUUUAAGCAUUCCUGGAAAAGUAGUGUUGUUUGGAACACCAGCUGAAG